AUGGAUGAUAGGCAGGCCAAGCGUGCCAAGCCCUCUGCGCCCAAGAAGUCGGUGUUCGAGCGACAUAAAGAUGAGGUUGAAGCUAAACGCGCCCGAGACCAGGCAGACGCUGACGCCGCUCUUGAUGAUUUUGCCAAGUAUUUUGAUGUCGACACACCGAAAGAUGCUCCCCAGUCCUUUGGAGGUAAUACUCGUCCACCACGCCCAAAUGUCCCAGGACAGCGCCAUUUCGCGAACAACGCUUUUCGUAGUAGUGGCCCGGGUACACUACAACAAUCGUCGUCGGAAUAUUCAUCUCGAAAGCGGAAUCAUGAAGGCUUUGUGCCCCAACAUUCGCGACACUCUGCACCGGAGCAGCACAAACCAUCUCUGUUGAUGACGUCGCUUCCUCCUGGUACAUCAACCUCUUUUGUCAAGUCGUUGAUUCCUUCUUUGCGCGUGGAUAAUGUGAAGAUAUUUCCUCCAGAAAGGUCACACCCAACGGACAAAAAAUCAGUGUCUGCGAUAGUAUCUCUUGCCAGUGAUUCGUCCACCGCCGAUCUGGACAGCGCAUCGAGCGCGCUCCAGAAUAAAUAUCUUGGCCGAGGCUAUCAUCUAUCUGUCUCAAGACACCUCUCUUCCACUUCAAUCAAAUCAACACUAGAUUUGCACUCUACUCCCUCGCUCCCUUUCGGAGCCAAGGAAACCCAAUCGGGUUAUGGAGCGAGCCGAGUACCUACACGACAUGGGGGAUUUGCACCUCCAGCCUCCUAUGGACCAAACUUGACCAGACGCGGUCCAUCUUCACAAGUGGACGUCAAAAUUCCCGAAGAUAUCAAACAGGUUCAAAUCAUUCACAAGACAAUUGAGAAUGUCCUUAAAUAUGGAGCUGAGUUCGAAGCUUUGUUGAUGAGUCGGUCGGAAAUUAAGACAAAUGAGAAGUGGGCAUGGCUAUAUGAUGCCCGGAGUGCCGAGGGUGUCUACUAUCGUUGGAGGCUACACCAGACUGUUACUAAUUCUGGAGCCCACUUUAGUCGGGCGAGAGGUCGGACUUCGUCUACCAUAUUUGCUGGCGAAGCAGAUUGGCUAUCCCCUGAGAAUUAUCUCGAGUACGAGUUUACCACUGAUAUUGCAGAAUUCAUUUCUGACAAGGAUUAUGACUCCUCUGAUGAGGACGACUUGGAUGGCGAAGAAAGUAGGCCAAAGUUCGGAGGGGCUCCCCAAAAAGGAGAUGGAGCAAAUGAGCACAACCAAUGGAUUGGCCCUCUUGGAAAGGCAAAGCUCACCCAUCUACUUGCUCGAUUGCCGACUUCUCAAGCACGGCUUCGACGAGGUGAUGUUGCUCGCAUCACGGCUUUCGCCAUUGAGCACGCUCAAUAUGGUGCAGCCGAAAUCGUUAACAUGAUUUUGUUGAAUUUACGAAGCCCGUUGGCUUUUACUAGCGCUAAUCCCAACCGUGCGGAGAAAAGCGACAAUGACAGCGUGAAAGAUAUUUCUCCAGCUAAAUUAGUUGGUCUCUAUGUCAUUUCUGAUAUUAUUUCAUCAUGUGCGACGAGCGGCAUUCGUCACGCAUGGAGGUAUCGCACACUGUUUGAAGCUGCUAUCCGAGAAAACAAGGUUUUUGAGCAUCUUGGUCGACUCUCAAAAGAUCUCAAGUGGGGAAGGUUGAAGUCAGAGAACUGGAAACGCAGUGUGCAGGGCAUUCUCCGCAUGUGGGAUGAUAGUUCUGCAUUUACUCAUAUCAACCAUGAGUAUUUCGUCCAAACGUUUAACAAACCACCUCUCACUGAAGAAGAGCUACACGAGUUGGAAGAGGCGAAGAAAGCGGCAGCACUGGAUAAGUCACUAUCUAAUACCAAGGGCCGGUGGAUCACCAGUGGCUUCAAGCCUGCAACCGGUCGGUUAGCUAUCGUUCAUGCUGGUGUGAGCUACAACGGUGGCCUCUUAAUUGAGGGUAGUGAUGGGAUUUCGGUUUCAACCCAGGAUAUUGGCAUUGAUCUCGACUGCGCACCUUGCUGA